ACAUCCGGGGUCGUGGGGUCGGUGGCCUACGGAAGCCCGCGCUCGGAUCGCGCUGCCUUGAGUUGGGCCUUAGCAUCCUAGCGGUUGGACGCAGAUGCGAAGGUCCGAGAACUGACGCCGGUUGGGCCGCUCCGGGAGUCAGCCCUUGAGCGGAGCGGAACGGCCAGACUAAUCAAAAGGAUGGAUUUUACAGAGGCUUACUCAAGCACAUGCUCUACAGUUGGACUUGCUGCCAGAGAAGGCAACAUUAAAAUUUUAAGGAAACUGCUCAAAAAAGGUAGAAGUGUAGAUGUUGCCGAUAACAGGGGAUGGAUGCCAAUUCACGAAGCAGCUUAUCACAACUCUGUAGAAUGUUUGCAGAUGUUACUUCAUACAGACUCAUCGGAAAACUACAUUAAGACAAAGACUUUUGAGGGCUUCUGUGCAUUACAUCUUGCUGUUAGUCAAGGACACUGGAAGAUCACGCAGAUUCUUCUGGAAGCUGGAGCAGAUCCUAAUGCAACUACUUUAGAAGAAACCACACCGUUGUUUUUAGCUGUUGAAAGUGGACAGAUCGAUGUUCUGAAGCUGUUGCUUCAACAUGGAGCAAAUGUCAAUGGAUUCCAUUCUAUGUGUGGAUGGAAUUCCUUGCACCAGGCUUCUUUCCAGGGAAAUGCGGAGAUUAUAAAACUGCUUCUUAAAAAUGGAGCAGACAGAGAAUGCCAGGACGACUUUGGAAUCACACCCCUGUUUGUGGCUGCUCAGUAUGGGAAGCUAGAGAGCUUGAACAUUCUUAUGUCGUCUGGUGCAAAUAUCAAUUGUCAAGCCUUGGACAAAGCUACUCCAUUGUUUAUUGCUGCACAAGAGGGUCAUAUAAAAUGUGUGGAACUUUUGCUGUCCGGUGGGGCAGAUCCUGAUCUUUACUGCAAUGAAGACAAUUGGCAGUUGCCUGUUCAUGCUGCUGCACAAAUGGGCCAUACAAAGAUCUUGGACUUGUUAAUACCGCUUACUAACCGGGCUUGUGACACUGGUCCAGACAAAGUGAGCCCUGUUUACUCAGCAGUGUUUGGAGGACGGGAAGAGUGCCUGGAAACAUUACUGCAGAAUGGUUACAGCCCAGAUGCACAGAUGUGCUUGGUCUUUGGAUUCAGUUCCCCUCUGUGCAUGGCUUUCCAAAAGGACUGUGACUUCUCUGGAAUUGUGAAUAUUCUAUUGAAGUAUGGAGCCCAGUUAAAUGAACUUCACUUGGCAUACUGCCUGAAGUAUGAAAUGUUUUCAAUGUUUUGCUGCUUUUUGAAGAAAGUUUGCCUAUUGGCUCCUUGGAAUCAUACAACUGAAUUUAUAAGUUAUGCAGUUAAAGCACAAACAAAAUAUAAAGAGUGGCUGCCACAUCUCCUGCUUGCUGGAUUUGACCCAUUGACGCUGCUGUGCAGCAGCUCUUGGGUUAACUCAGUCAGCGAUGAUGUCCUUAUUUUUACUUUGGAAUUUUCUAAUUGGAAGAGACUUCCACCACCUGUUGAAAAGAUGAUCUCUGCUCGUGCAAACUCUUCUUGGGCUCUUCAGCAACAUAUGGCCUGUGUCCCAUGCCUGACCCAUCUCUGCCGUUUGGAAAUUUGGGCCAGUCUAAAAGCAGAGCACCUUCGUUCUAACAGUCUCAUCCAUCAGUUGCCUCUUCCCCGAAGUCUGCGGAGCUAUUUGCUCUAUGAAGAGGUUUUGAGGAUGAAUGAAAUUCCAGAACCUGCAGCUAUUGAUGAUGUAGAAACCAGCGAGGCUCCUGACAGCUCAAUUGUCAGUGCUGUAUAGUCACAAAAGAUGGGACUGUUUACAAGUGGACUGCCCAGUCCCUCCUCCCCAAUCCUGAGAACUUUGCUCUUCCUGCCCUACUCAGUUGUCUCCAGUGUACUUUGUUUUGUGGUGUUUUCUGACCUAAUCAUUUUCUGCUUUGUUCUGCUACUGAGCUGUGAUGCUGCUGAGGUGUUGGAUGUGACCUCUUCCCAGUUAAGAUUCGUGUUCACCUGUGCUUGAAACUAGGGAGGAAGAAGAUAUAAUGACUGUGCUUUUGAAUCACUUAACAGUGUUACUCUAUUUAUGCACCAACAUCCUCUAUGUUUAUAAAAGGAAAUUUUUUUAUGUUGUUCUUAUUUUUUAAUUCAGAUAUAUUUGUGAGGUGUUGAUAUUCUUGCAUUUUAACAUGUAAACUCAGGGGAAAGUUUUUGAAGAACACAGAUUUCAGUCAUAUUGUUUUCUUAGAUUCUUUCUUUAUACUUUCUGGCAAAAUAUACCCAUUUUCAGUCUGCCAAGACAAGAACAUACCUAAAGUCAAAGGCAUACUCACUAUAAAAAUUAUGUCCUUUUUAGAAAUAUUGUACUGCACUCAGAAUAUUAAUAAGGAAACCUAAAAGGAGCAUUCAUACAGCACCGUCUGUAGAGACAGGGGCGCAUUUCAGUUGUCAAUGCUAAAUAGAACAGUCAGACUUCACUCAGCUCUAGAAUAAGAGGGCAGGUUUGUUUCUAUGAAUCAGUAAUAGCCAAUAAUAGUUUAUUCAUACAUACACUACUUUUCCUUCUUAAUACCUGGAUGUAUUUUUAGACCAUUGAUAAAAUAAAGACCUUAGAGUCCUGCCUUGUGAGUUUUUACAAUAGCUUUAUCUAAACCUUGAGUCAAGAAAAAUCAAACAUCAUCAAGACAUUUGUCUGAGAGACUGGAAAUUAGCCUUGAGAGGGAGGUAUUAGGGUGUUACUGUCAGAAUAGGCAGCACAGGCUGAUUUCUACAGGAGGUAGAACUUCAUCUCCUGCCAGCAACCUGUGCUUGAUUAGACCAUCUGGACCCAUCUCUAAUAGACUCAAAACGAGCGUGAUGAAGGUGGACUUCAUUAGAAGGAGUUAGAAGACAAACUCAUUUCUCAUAUUCAAAGUCUUGUUUGAUGUAGAUAUAUAGAUAUUGAAAAUCAGGCAGAAGUUCUGAUGGUUCAAUUUAACAAAGAUUUUCAAAAAAUUGUAUGUACUAUGUUUUUUUUUAAUAGUGUGACCUUUGUUUUUCAAACUCUGUUUCAGGAUUUAUUUUUGGUCAUGGCUAACUAUACACAUAAUGCUUUUACAGAAUAUCUUUUAAUGUAUUCUGUUUGUGUUCAAUUGUAUUACCAAAAUCCAGUUUUCAAUAACCUAGCAUUAAGGGUUUUUUUUUUUUUUUGAAGCCCUAAAAUUCAGUACCCUGGCUGGUGAUUUUUUGACUUUACAGGAUUGAAAAAGUGAGAAGCAUCCCAGGGAAACUGCACUUUGAACUUCAUCUUUUCCUAGGCUAGCAAUACACAGUAUGCUAGUCUGUUGGAGUCUGAUGCUACUGAGAAGUAACAGUGAGCUGUAACUGCUAGCCGGUCAUGUGGUCACAAGGAUGUCUGUAGGGGCAUGAAUGUUCACAGAUACACACUGGAGUGUCCUUAUAGUAUGGUUGAGUAUUCUUUGGGUAUAUGCCCAAGAGUGGUCUUGUUGGGUCUUGAGGUAUGUUGAUUCCCAAUUUUCUGGUAAGCCACCAUACUGAU